AUGGCCAUGGAUUCGAGCCUCGAGGUAACGACCAUCGAUCACAACACUCGGGUCGAUGACCUUAUUCAAAAUCAGUACUUGGCGGCUGAUCUCGAUGAAAUGAUCCAGCUUCAGAAGUUUGCGGAAAAGGUUUGUAUUCUAAAAGUCAUUGUUUACAAGUUUUAUAUUUUGAAUGAGUGACUCUCAGCUAUAAAUGAAAAUUUUCUAUUUUUUUCAGAACAAGUUUAAAGCCGAGAUUGUGUGGAGAAAUGUAAUCAUUUUCAUCGCCUUACACAUCGGUGCUCUCAUCGGCCUAUAUCAGUUCAUUUUCUUGGCGAAAUGGCAGACUAUGGUGUUUAGUAAGUUCAUCAGUUUGUUUAUUUGCAUAUACGAACAGGACGUUUUAAAUCUCAAUUUCGUAUUUUAGCGGUCCUUCUCUACAUAAUCAGCGGAAUGGGAAUCACCGUGGGAGCACACAGACUCUGGGCCCACAAGAGUUACAAGGCCGCAACUCCCCUUCAGUUUAUUCUCAUGGUGGCCAACACCAUCGCCUUCCAGAAUGAUGCUAUUGAAUGGUCAAGAGAUCACAGAUGUCAUCACAAAUGGACUGACACUGAUGCCGACCCACACAACACUCGUCGCGGAUUCUUUUUCUCUCAUAUGGGAUGGCUGUUGAUGAGAAAACACCCAAAGAUUAAGGAGAUGGGAGCCAAAUUAGACCUCUCGGACCUCUACGCUAAUCCAAUCUUGGCGUUCCAGAAGAGGUAGGUUGAGUAAUGGCGAGACUUUUUCGUGUUAAUACAAUUACAAUGUUGUCUAAACUGGUGCAUUAUUUUCAGACAUUUCCUGACUCUGGCAUUCUUGUUCUCCGGCUUGAUCCCCACUGCCUUGCCUGUGUACUUCUGGAAGGAGAAGGUCUAUGUCGCGUUCUAUUGCGCAGUAGUCCUCCGUUAUUGCUGGACCUUACACGUGACCUGGUUCAUAAAUUCCGUGGCGCACUUGUUUGGUUAUAAACCUUACGACAGGAACAUCACCGCAGUCGAAAGUGUGUGGACUUCCGUAACAGCUUUGGGAGAAGGAGGCCACAAUUAUCAUCACACCUUCCCCCAGGAUUAUAGAGCUUCCGAAAUGUCAUAUCUCUUCAAUUGGAGUAGAUUCGUGAUCGAUUUUUUCGCGAGGAUAGGAUGGGCUUAUGAUCUGAAGGUGGUGGAUGAACAAACGGUCACUAGGCAGAUCGAGAAAUAUGGUGAAGGCAGGAAGACCAUGUAA